GCAGCAGCACCAAACUGAUCGCCCUGCAGCAAAUCUCGACAUGGUCGCGUUGCCCCCUCCAUUGCUCCAGGCGCAUGUGAGCUGCGUGAUUUACCCCCGGCAAGUCUCCGUAAAUGCUUCGACCUUCACCUGCCAUUGUCCCGUUGGUCCCUUUUUUCCCCUCUCGGUCACGCGAAGUUUCUUUGAUCAUCGCUCAAUGGAGCUCUAUCAGUCUCUUAUCUAGCCAGUUACACGACGCGUCUCGCUCCCUCCCCCGGAGAUGAUGCCUUGACCAUCUCAGACCAUUCGAUUGGGAAUCUCAACAGAUCGUCGAUAUCGCUAGUUUCCCAUCAUGCUGGCCUCCCUGCUUCGCCCCAAAAAACGUCGAGUCUACGCCGAACGCUCGCCAUUCUCGUCGCCGUACACCCCGCGACAGUCGCCAUGGCCAUUUCACCAGCGCGAUCCCGAAGCCGAGGGAAGAUACAAUGGAGAUGACAGAAGGACAUAUGAAGAAUCGGAGGAUGUUGAGGGUCGCGAUGAAGAUGAAGAAACCGAGGCAGAGGAGGACGGUCCUCUCGAAACCACGCCUCUCCUGCCCAUCUUUUCAGCCUCUCACUUAGGUAUGGUUAUGGUUGCACACUUGUGAAAGCGGGAUCGUCCGAUGAUUGGAAUGAGAUAAGCUGAUUGCCAUCCCCAGACACCCUCCCUGUUUAUGAUGUCACACAUGCCAUUCGAUCGCUGAUUAUCUCUCGCUGCGAAACUACACUGUCUUGGGAUCAAUUGCGCUCGCCUCAAAUCUCUCAAUUUCUCGUCAAGCCUAUCCAGCAAAAUAUUAGGGCCUAUCACUUCUCCCGGGCUACCUUGUACGCCCUGAUGACAAACUGUCUGCAGUUCACCAAAGAGAUUCAGCUUAAUCCGGGAAACAGUGGCACGAGCCAAACUCGGGCUAUCGUGAGCGAGCUCCUAGCGAUCAAGUUGCUCAGGGAGUACGACACGAGAGAGCUGAUCGAUGCUUUAUCAUAUGAAUUCUACCCUCUACAAGGUCUCACUUCGACUGGUACGGAAAGCUCCCAUCGGGCUCCUGGCUGGCAGGCCUCCCAAGCCAGCAAGCGGCAAGCUGGAGCUGCCCGGAUCUCUUGUCUCGAGAUAGCCAUCCGUGCCCAAGCCAAACGACUGCUGUCGCAUCCGCUGGUGGUGCAGCAACUGGAAGCGAUAUGGGCAGGAACUGUGGUCUUCCACUCCGCGGCCGACCAUCUUCAUCGAUCGUCGGCUCAAGUCCGUCCUAGUGGCGCAACAACGCGCAACAACGGAACAAUACAGAACAACGUUGCUUCCAUCACCUUCGCCACCCAGUCAAGUCCCAAAGGGUCGGAAUUGCGACGUUCGGUGACGCUUUAUGACCCUAGAGAUGCGUCUUUGUUUAAGCUCUCCAGAUUGAGGGUACCUCGGUACAGACAGUUCCUUUCGACCUUGUCUUUCGCUGUGCUGUUAGUUUUGUUCCUUGCCGUGCUGCAAGAACGCCGUGUGGAGAUUACCGCUCUAGAAGUUCUCUUCUGGUUCUGGAGUGCAGGAUUCCUGCUGGAUGAAGUCGUCGGCUUCAACGAGCAGGGAUUCAGCUUGUACCUGAUGAGCUUCUGGAACCUGUUCGACUUGGGAAUCCUGUUCCUCUUAUUUUGCUACUACUGUUUACGUCUAUAUGGUGUCUUUCUGCCGUACACCCGCGCACCUGCAGUAGCAAAUCAGGCGUACGACAUCCUGGCAGCAAAUGCGGUGCUUUUAUUCCCUCGGCUCUUCUCGAUUUUAGAUCACUAUCGUUACUUCUCUCAGCUGCUCAUCGCGUUCAGAAUAAUGGCUUCUGACCUUGUCGCUGUGUUCUUCUUGGUCAUUGUUGCCUGCAGCGGCUUCUUCGUGGCUUUCACCCUGUCUUUCGGCAGCGGCGAGGUUCAUUCUCCGGGAUCUGUUGCGUAUGCUUUGUUUCAGAUGCUCAUGGGCUUUACUCCAACUGCUUGGAGUCUCUGGGAGGAAUAUAACGUUCUGGGCAAGAUGAUCUUGACCAUAUUUCUCUUCAUUUGUCAUUUCGUCGUUGUCACCAUUCUCAUUACUGUCCUUACCAACUCCUUCAUGGGCAUCGUGCAAAAUGCCAACCAAGAACACCAGUUCCUCUUUGCCGUGAAUACCAUCUCCAUGGUCAAGUCGGAUGCCCUUUUCUCCUACGUGGCACCGGCGAAUAUUAUCGCCUGGGUGAUUGCGCCCUUGCGCUAUUUGAUGCCAUUCCGAGACUUCGUGCGGAUUAAUCGCACGAUCAUCAAACUCACCCAUCUGCCCAUCCUCUUUACCAUCUGCUUCUACGAGAAGGUCAUUCUAAGUUCCAAAGUCUUUGACUCGACAGACCUUGUCGAUCCGCACGCCUCUGAAGGUCGUGAGCGCUCUCGGCCUCCCCGUCAAGGUCGCUUCAGGGCUUUUAGUUCCCAGGCCGCUCGACUUGUGCGAGAACCAUCCGUUGCAACUUACCAGAAGGAUCGUGCUUUAGACGAAGUAUUCCGGCGGGUAUCGUACGAUGGGACCGGUCGACGGCCUGCCAGGCGCUACGACCAAAGGACCAGCACCAAUCUUGUCAACAAUUGGAUGCAAGACAUGGGCUCGGAGCCGGUCAACCCGCCCGACGAGCAAGAUUCCGAUGAAGUGAGCCGACUUGAAAGAACGCCUCGAAAGUUUCAGCAUCCGUUCAAGAGGAGGCUCACUCGGAGUUUGCGCGAUUUUACAGAGUCCAACCGAUCCGCCGUAUCGAACCCUGAAGAGCACGCUGGGCAAGCAGUAUCUUCACCUGCUACGCCCCGCUUUACCCGAGAAUUCUUGACUCCUAACAGAAAGAGACAGCUCUCACGGCAUACUGGCAUGGAAGGUGAUGACGAGCUCACCAGCGACGAUAACGGCUGGGUGGAUGAACAGCAAUCCAAUGAUGAUCAUACAGUAUCUCAGGAUAAUGAUUCACGAACCGAGGGGGUCAGUCCUGGUAAGACAACGCCCAAGUUCUACAGCUCCCGACCGUCCACGGCACGCAUGAAGUCACACAAGACCAGCCCGAAUCGACGCGCUAGACAUCAUACCCGGAACUAUUCGGUCGCCACUAUUUUGUACAACCCCGUGAGCAAUGACGGAGAGGCCAGUGUCUCAUCGAUCCCUGUCAGACCUAGGGCUGAGACCCCGAACGGCGAGGUCGCGGCCGUUUCAAACUCUGUUGAUCGGUGGACCCCGAGGCGACAUAGCAUGGACACCGGAAGAAGUCGAAUCGCUACCAUGGCCCGGUCCAACCCCAUGUCCGUUCCCGACUUCGGCAGUGUCUUGGUUCCCAACGCUGAGCGGAGACAGCGCCAUCGACCAUCUAUCUUGGAUGGCUUGGGAUCGGACCUGGGUGACAACAAGGCGAUUGCGAACGGUUUCGUGGGAGGGGUGCCUUCAAGUCUGACGACACAAAUGGUCUAUGCAACCGGCGGUAUCCGUCGAGCUGAGAGUUCCAACAGCAGCCAGGACUUGCUCAGCAAGCUCGUGCUCGCUCGCAUGAACAAUAUUGAAGAAGGGUUCCGCGAAGUGAUCAAGGAAGUCAAAGACCUUCGACGCGAAGGGACCAGCCGAAGCCAAAGUCGACCGGACGAGCUGCGAUCCAACCAACGAGAGAAAAAGAAGCGGGCGGACAAGAAGGAUGUCAAGAAGAAGCCCAAUGGUUCUCGUGGUGGCAGCAAUAUGAGCACUGAUGAAAAGUCAGAAAUGCCAUCUGGAGAGUCGCAGCAACACGAUACACAAUCCGGCCUGGAGGAGUGAUUAUCAGUUUUCCCCUUUUUUAUCUUGACGGUGCAAGUGCCUGAUUAUGUAUGUUGUAUCUUUCUUGUUGUCUUCAUUGCGUUUCCUAUGUUGUUGCACAUAAAACAUUUGGGUGGCUGUUUCAUGGAUACAGUUCGCUAUUGAUACCCUCGAUGUUUGUCAAAGACAGGUUGUUUUCGAGAUUUAGUUUGGGCCAAUUAAUUAGUAUUAUCUUUAUAAUGAAGCAUCGGACACAUCACAAUCGUUG